UGUGGGAACUCCGUCGUAUUUGAAGGAGGGGGAGACAGGAAUUCUCAACUGUGCGCCGUCCGAAUGUUGCCACAACCGCGACCAUGGACAAAGCCAACUUGAACACCCCCGAUGGGGUCUUGGGGCCAGCGGAGAAGCCCAACGCGACGAGCAAGACCUCCAAUGACACCACCGGGGCCCACGAGUUCAAUGAGCAGACCAACUACGUCCCGAAGCGCACCAUCAUCACGAUCUUCCUCGCCUGCGCGGGCGUCGACCUUCUGGCGCUCAUAGACCAGACCACGCUCGCGACCAGCCUGUACAUCAUCGGAAAUGCCCUGGGGUCUACCUCACAGGUCUCGUGGAUAGCCAACGGUUACUUCAUAACCUCGACCGUGGGGCAGCUGCUUUACGGCCGGCUGUCGGACAUUUGGUCGCGCAAGGUUAUCCUCCUCGCCGGCCUCGCCGUCUUCUUCCUCGGAUCCCUGGCUUCGUCGCUCGCCCAGUCGGUGCUGCAGCUGACCGUAUUCCGCGCCUUCACCGGCAUCGGCGGCGGCGGGCUGAUGACGGUUGCCCAGCUCAUCGUCAGCGAUGUCGUGCCGCUGCGCGAGAGGGGCAAGUACCAGGGCAUCAUCGGCGCCGUGAUAGCCAUCGCCAACGGCAUUGGCCCUGUGAUUGGCGGUGCGCUGUCGUCUAGGUCGGGGGACUCGUGGCGAUGGAUCUUCCGCAUCAACAUGCCCCUAACUGUGGUUACCACCCUGGCCGUGGUUUUCUUCAUGCCGCUGAGGAAGGUCCAGGGUGAUUGGAAAAUGAAGCUCAAGGCCGUGGAUUUCGUCGGCAUCCUACUGGCCUUGGCGGGCACCAUUGUUCUGAUGCUGGGCCUCACCUGGGGUGGAGGUGAAUAUCCGUGGGAGUCGGCUCAUGUCGUCGCGACACUGGUUAUCGGCCUCGUCGUAUGCGCCGCCUUUGUAUUGUGGCAAUGGAAGGGUCCGCGGUACCCUCUUGUUCCCCUACACAUUUUCAAGUCCAGGAUCGUGAACGGGGCUUGCAUCACAAUGGCAAUCAACGGCUGGAACUUUGUCGUGCAGGUCUACUACAUCCCCUCCUUCUAUCAACUAGUGUACGAGUACUCUGCCACGAGGGCCGGCGCCAUGCUGCUGCCCAUCACGCUGGUCCAGACAGCAAGCAGCACCCUGUCCGGCCUUGUCGUCCACUGGGUCGGCCGCUACCGCGAGUCCAUCCUCUUCGGAUGGGUCUGCUGGGCCGUCGGCCUGGGCUUGAUGUCGACGCUUGACGAGACCACGGGCGUUGGGAAACAGAUCGGGUACUCGAUCCUCAUUGGAGUGGGCGUUGGCAACACGUUGCAGCCUGCUUUGAUAGCCGUCCAAGCGGGCGUGGUUAGACGUGACAUGGCUGUCGUCACCUCGUUCCGAAACUUCGUCAGAAACCUUGGCGCCACCAUUGGCCUGGCCGUUUGUGGGACUAUUAUCAAUAAUGUCCUGGUUGCAUCUCUGCGGUCUCUCGACAUCGACCAUGACGCACGCAAGACUCUCCUGGGCAACCCACAGACGUAUCUAGACACCGUCUCCGAGGUGGAGGCCGACAGAAUCCGUCGUGUCCUCAUCCCCGCGUACCGAAAAGGGUUCCGCAUCAUAUUCAUAACUGGUGCAGCCCUUUGCGCACUGGCUUUUGUCAUUUCCUUUUUCAUGCUGCCUCAAGUCGAAUUGUCCCGCCCAGAUGAUGAAAAGCUCAGGGAGGAGGGCCGCAAGGCGCAUGAGGAUAAGGAGCGGCAGCAUGUAGCAUAGACCAUAGCCUCGACGGUUUCGCCUGCUUUACGGUCCAGGGCUUGGAAGCAGACAUGGAGGCUCCGACGUGGCUAUAGCACGUGCGAGAUUCCCAUCACUCAAUACAUGUAGCGGGGGGAUUCAGGGUAAAUGGCGUGUUCCGCGAAACGACGGCUAACGGGCCGCAAGGAAUUUGAGGCUGAUGUCAAGGUCCCAUAUUGG